UGCAUUCACCGUUCUGCCGCCGGUGUAGCACUGUGACCCCGCAACAUGGGGACGACCAGUAUUAGUAUAAGUGUUUUACUGCUAGCAGUACUAUGGACCCCGGCUUAUUCGAAUAAAUGCUCUAUAGCAUGUACGGGAUCAUCACCGAGCAAAUCCUUCGCGCCCGGGCAGACGUACCGUUACGAUGUGGACGGCACCGUGUCGGUGUACCUGGCUGGUGCUGACAAGCAGGACACCAGCGUCAAGAUCCUCGGUCAGGUGUCCGUCAGCUCUGCCGGCAACUGCGCCAUGGUGCUGAAGGUCAACAAUCUGGCGAUCUCCGGUCCCGAUGGCAAGAAAUACCCCGCGCCGAAGGGCAUCGACAAGGCGGUGAUGUUCAGCUACGAGAAUGGGCGCGUCGGCGCCGAGAUCUGCGCGGAGGAGGACGACCACCGCCCCUCCCUCAACAUCAAGAGGUCCAUCAUCUCCAUGCUGCAGGCUGAACAGAAAUCAUCCACCCAGGUUGACGUAUUCGGCGCGUGUCCCACCGACGUGUCCUCGUCCCACGAGGGCAGCAGGGUGCUGCUUCACCGCACCCGUGACCUGAGCCGCUGUGCGCACCGCGAGCAGACCAGGAGCGAGCUCAUCACCGCCGUCUACAACCCUACAGCUGAAAUCAAGAAUACUCAAAUCCUUCGUUCAGUCUUGAAUGUAGAAGGCAAGUUCGACAAUGGCAUCCCCGAAAAGAUCUCCGCCGUCGAGGAAUAUUUGUACAGACCUUUCUCUGUUGGUGAGAACGGCGCCCGUGCUCAAGUCAACACCAAGCUGUCUCUUAGUGGAACGUCAGCUGGUGAGCUCAAGGCCGACUGCCCCGAGCCUCGCACCAUCAUCUUUGAGAACCCUCACAACGCCCGCGCCGAGCACAGUAGCGCGCAAGACGUCUUGGCUGCGGUUAAGGAAACCUGCAAGACCCUUGGAAAUGGUGCCACACCGAAAUCUGCUGGACUUUUCGCUCAGCUCGUUAGGAUUAUGCGCAGUGCCAACAAAGAGGAUUUGAUGAAAGUCUUCGGACAAGUCAAAGGCAACAACUUGGAAAAGCGUGUCUUCAUCGACGGUCUUCUCCGUACCGGCACCGGGUACAGUAUCGACGCCUCCAUCAAUAUCCUGAAGAGCAAAGCUCUCAACACCAUUGAGCAGAACCUCGUCUUCUUGUCUCUUGGAAACGCCAAGCACGUCAACAAUGAAGCUAUCAAGGCUGCCUCGGGCUUGCUCGACAUUCCUGACAUCCCUAAGAACGUGUACCUCGGAGUCGGUGCUCUGGCCGGCAUUUACUGCAGAGACCACCACUGCCACCACGAGAAGAACGAAGGCAUCACUGCUCUCAGCAAGAAGUUCGCGGCCAAGCUCGGGAACUGCAAACCCAAGACAAAGACUGAGGAAGACACUGUCGUAGCCGUACUGAAGGGUAUCCGUAACAUCCGCCAUCUGGAGGACAGUCUCAUCGACAAGCUGGUGCACUGCGCCAACGAUAACGGCGUCAAGGCUCGCGUCAGGGUCAAUGCCCUCGAAGCCUUCCUGGCUGACCCUUGCUCUACUAAGAUCAAGAAAACCGCUCUGGACAUCAUGAAGAACCGCAACUUGGAUUCUGAGAUCCGCAUCAAGGCUUUCCUCGCCGUUAUCGGUUGUCCUUGCGGCAAAUCCGCUACCGAAAUCAAAAACCUGCUGGAUAGCGAGCCUGUACACCAAGUGGGCCGUUUCAUCAGCUCUUCCCUAGCGUUCAUCCGCUCUUCAUCCAACCCCGACAAGCAGCACGCUCGCCAACACUACGGCAACAUCGGCAUCCCUAAGAAGUUUAGAGUCGAUGACAGGAAAUAUUCGUUCUACCGCGAGUUGAGCUUCAACGUUGACGUGUUGGGUGUCGGUGGUGACCUCGACGAGACCGUCAUCUACUCCCAGGACUCCUUCCUCCCGAGAUCAGUCACUCUAAACCUUACCACCGAAGUCUUCGGACAUAGCGUCAACCUUCUUGAGGUCGGCGGUCGUCAAGGUAAUUUGGAUCGCGUCGUCGAACAUUUCCUCGGCCCGAAGAGCUUCCUGAGGACCAAGAACCCCCAGGACUUGCACGAUGAGUUCGCCCGCAAGGUCAGCGAGUCGAUGCAGAAGGUUGAAGGCAGCGUGCGCGGACGUCGCUCCAUCAAGAGCGAUGUUGACAACAUCGACAAACAGAUCAAGGCCGAAUCUAACUCCUUCCAUAACGAACUGGACUUGGACAUCUACAUUAAGCUGUUCGGAACUGACGCCGUGUUCCUAUCCCUCGGCGACGACAAAGGCUUCGACUUCAGCCACUGGCUCGAUGAGGCCCUCAAGAUGUUCAAUAGCGGACUUGAUGAGAUGAAGCGCUUCCAACAUGACUUCCGCAGUCACGUUCUUUUCCUGGACGCCGAGCUCGCCUACCCCACCUCAGCCGGUCUGCCCCUCAAGUUAGACUUUGUGGGAUCAGCCACUGGUCGUCUUGACAUCGCAUCAUCUGUUGACAUUCGUCAAAUCCUAAGGAACCCCGAAAACGCUAAGGUCGACAUCAAACUGGUACCGAGCACCGACGUCGAAGUGUCCCUUGUCAUGAUGGUUGACGCCGACUGCAUGGCCACCGGUCUUAAAGUAACCAACAACCUCCACUCCUCCACUGGCAGUCACGUCAUCGCUAAAAUCAUCGAGAACGGCCAAGGUUUCGAUCUCCAAUGGGGCCUGCCUGUCGAUAAGCAAGAAAUUCUCACCGCCUCCAACGAGAUGGUAUUCUUCAACGCUGAGAAGGGCAAACCAGAGAAACACAUCCCAGUCAAAGUGGAAUCUGAAAAGAAAGAGUAUACUGCCUGCUUUGACCAGUUAGCUGGUAUGAUCGGUCUGAACUUGUGCGGAGAGAUAUCGCUGCCAUUCACAGUAUCUGGCCCCAAGGCACAGGAAUCUAUUUCCAAAUUCGUAGCCAAAUGGCCGCUGGUUGGACCAUCUAAGAUCAAGCUUGUACUUGAGAAGAACGACCUUCGCGGAUACCACGUUAGAGGAGUUUUACCAUCAGAUGCGAAAAAUGGCAAAUACGGAAUUGAACUGCUGUUUGAAGCUGAAGGAUCUCAAAACAGAAAGACGCAUUUGACUGGAGAACUGAUCAACAACGACCAAGAAAAAACCGUGAAACUGAACAUUGAAUCGCCACUCAAGAACCUGUACAACCAGAUCUCAUUGUACACCAAGCCAAAUGAGUACGCUCUAAUGGUGGAGGCAAAAUUGGACGACGCUCACUACUACCUGAGAGCGGGUCUAGAUAUCAACGGCAACGACAAACGUAAGGUCAUGAAGCCGGUCGUCGAGUACCAGGUACCGUCGGAUAAGGGCAAACAGAACGUCAAGGUUGAGGGUCAGAUCAUCAGAGAAGAUAAUGGCAACGCGAAGAAAUACACAAUGCAAGGAGUCAAGCUAAACCUUCCUAACUCUCCCACCGUUAUCGUUUGCGAUGGUCACUUCGCUACCGACCCUAAGGGUGUCGAAAUGGAUCUGAAGAUCAACCAAGGCCAACAACGCGUGCUGCUGAGCGGAGCCCUGAAGGACCACGACGUCAAGAUUGAGUUCCAGAACACGAUCAACCCGUACAUCAACUUCAAAGUUAACGGACACUUCGAGAAUUCUGAUAACAUCGCCCACAACGACGUUGAGUUAUGGUACGGUGGUGAUCUGAGAAGCGCCGAGAACUGCGUUAUCUUCAACCAGCUCAUCAAGCGAUCUGGCAGCAGCGACAAAGACUUCAAUGUCAUUUCUAAGAACAAGUUUGAAAUCCGUGCGCUACCAGCUAAGGCCGCCCUUGACUUUGAAGUCGACCCUAAGAAGUUCGACUUCGGCCUGGAAGGCAACUACGUCGACAGACGAGCCCAACUCAAUAUCGAAGCUCGCAGGAACAUCAAGAAGGAAGGAGACUACCGCGUCAAGACCAACAUAGCUCUCGACAGGCAGGCCGUUGAAGCACUCGUCAAGCGUGAUGUCGUAUCCAACGAGAAGUCCAACCUCGAGAACUACAUCGACUUCAAAGGAAUCGGCCGCUACGAACUGUCUGGAGUAGUCCUCCACAAGAUCAAGUCUAACGAUAUCAAUGUCGGCGCCGUCGGUCACCUAAAGGUGUCCGGCAGCGGCAAGGAUGAGGACAUUAAAUUCGACAUCGGAGGUAUCGACAACAGCAACUUAUACUCCGCCCACGCGACCGUCGCCUCCAAGAGCGGCCAGCUGAUCGACUUCCUGCUGAAGCUGAACCGCGGGGCCAGCCCCAACGGCCAGCUAAAGUUGGCGCUCAGAGACAACAUCGAGGCCAACGGCAAGUUCCAGAUGAACGAGAAGGACGGCAAGGGAACUGGAAACAUCAUGGUUCACUUCAACAAGAUCCAACGCGUGAUCAAGGGAGAGACGAAGUUUGUGGUGAAGGACCCCGUGUACAACGCGGAGGUGGACCUGUUCCUCAACUUCGACAAGGACAACAACGACAAGAUGCACUUCAGUACCAGCAACAAGAAGACCGACAAACUGAUUGACAGCAAGAACAAGUUCCAAUACGCCGGCAAGACCACCGAAGUGAACAUCCACAAGGACGGCGUCAUCGCGCCCGUCGGCAAGGUCCACAGCAACAUCGAAAUCGUGCUGCCCACCGAGAGGUGUCUCACUCUGAAGGUAGACAGAGAGCUGACUGAGAAGAACAAUAUCCUCAACGGCCACAUUGACUUUGAGGUAGCUGACGCCGAGAAGCGUGGAGCUGCGGCCUCUCUGAUCAAGCUGCAGCACAAGCUGCAGGACACCGACUACGACAACCUCAAGCUCAACUCCGAGGGACAGCUGGAGUUCAAGCUGAAGGACGGCAGGAACAUCGUCAGCACAUACAGCUACAAGAACAGCCCCAAGGGAGACAAGAAAUACGAAGUCGAUAUUAAGAACGAAGUAGCCGGUUCCCUGAUCCCGAAGAAGGCGUCUCUGGACGUGAGCGGCACCUACACGACGGAGUGGGACGAUACGGAUGACCACCUGCGCGGCAAACUCAGCUACGGCGACGACCUGGCUGUUGAGUUCGUCAGCAACGAAAUCGAGAAGCUACCCAGCAAGGGUGAACAGAAGAUUUCAUCAGACUUUGUCUGGACCGUGAGACUGCCCCUAGAGAAAGCGCAUGACAUCAAGUGGAGCAGCAAGAUCCUGUACGUGGAGCCCGAGAACCAGGAUAUUGAGCUGACGCUCAUGGAAUCUCUCCAAGUGAACUCAGACCUGUACAAGCUGGAAUCAACGGGCAAGUUCGGUACUACCAAGGGUUCCUCCAAGUUGAAGGCGGUUGUCCCUCAUGUCGAACCCGUCAUCGUCGACUUCGACUACAAGGUUGAUACGCAAGGCGAGAAGAAAUCCGGCAACGUGGAAGUGAAGGCGCAAUACGGCAAGGGCAGAGUGAGCAACGUGAACGUCCAAGCCGCCUUCUCCCCGCAGGAGAGCCAGCUCAAGGUCAUCUCCAACUCGCCGCACUACGAGAACUUGAAGGCACUGACCGUCAGCUACCAUGCAAAGACCCCGACCCCCGACAGCUACAACGUGCAGCUCGCUAUCGACGCGGACGGCCGCGUGUAUCGCACCGACACCAUCGCCGUGAUGAGCAAGAGCCAGCCGCUCUUCGACACUAAAUACUACAGCCCCAGCAUCCCUAAGGGCGCUAGGAUAUUCUUCAAGGGUAACGACAUCGGGAACAACCACGGCGCUAUCGAGAUGAAACUCGAGAACUGCAAAGGCUACGACUUCAGCGUGAACGCCGAGGGAGGCUUCGACAAGGAGCUGGCCUUCCAACUGAAGGCGGACUGCGAGAAACUUGGACUCAAGAACUACAAGAUGAACAUCGUCAGCAAGGACGCCGGGAACGGCAAACGCCUGGAGUUCAACGCCGAGAACAAGAAUAAGAAUGUGUUGAGUGGAAGCACCUCCUUCAUCAGCAAGCAGGAGGGCCCCAAGACCAUCAUCGAGGGCUCCGGGUCGCUGAAGAUCGAGGACAAGCAGAAGCCCGCCAGCUUCAAGUACAUCCGCACCUUCCUCACCGAGGGCAACGAACAGGGAAUUGAGACAUUCAUGAACGUAGCCGUCGGCGACCUCAACCACGUGGUUGAGUCUCGCAUCACCAACAUGGAGUACAAGGGCUCGUACGUGUACUGCGAGGAGAAGAAGCAGUGCGCGCACGCAGAGAUCAACUCCAAGAUCGUCACCAGCAAACCCGGCAGCAUCCAGCAGGUGCUCAACAUCGGCGUGGACCUGCGCAAGCUGGGCUUCCCCACGGAGUUCGGUCUGCAGUCCACGAGCGAGUACAGCGAGAAGCGCCUGCCGCAGCACGAGCUGAACGUGCACGUCAACCGCGACCACGACAAGAUACACCUGCAUGCCUACAGCCAGCCCGAGUUUGGCAAAUUCCCCGCGGGCGUCACCAUCGCGCUGCCGCACCGCGUGCUCGCUGCGGAGUCCCUCGUCCAGUUCCCCGUCGACAAGGCGCUGCCUUUCCCCAUCCGUGCCGAGUUCAGCCUGUACCCGGACAAGAACAAGCCCGCCACCAAGACCGGAGCCAGGUUGAACAUCGACGCCAGCCACAACCGCGACGAGGCAGGCGAGAUUACCGCCGUGCUGGGCUUCACGCACCCUAAACUUGGAAAGGAGGCUCAAAUAAAGGCCCACGCUCAGUUCAAGCUGCCCAAGGAUGUGUUGAUCGUCGAAUCCUCCGUCGUCGCGUCUCACCAAACUCUCGGCAAGGACCGCGAAGCCAAAUUCUGGUUGGAGGCUGGACCCACACACGUUAAACUGAUGAUCAACACACCGAUCGUCAAGGUCAUCGAACUCGAAGGCUCCACCACGGUGAAGGACAACCUGCAGCAGGCAGACCUCAAGAUGAGCCUGCUGGAGGGCAAACCCGUCCAAGUGUACGCCGUUGCCAAGGACUUCAAGUACUACGAGUUCUCUACCAGCUACAGUGACCAAGCCGACCGCAAACUGUCCCUCGUCGCCAACUUGGACCCCGAAAAGCGUGUGGACGUGUCCGCCGCGAUCGUGUUCCCCGGACAGAAGAAGAACAUCGUCAACGCCGCGCUCUUCAUCGAGGACGGUGCGCUCAAGACCGACUACGGAGUCUCCAAUGAUAACUUCCAGUACUUCGUGAAAGCGCUCAGACAAGACCUGGACGCGCUCCAGUCCCGCGUGAAGGAUAUCAGCCAAAAGGGUAGUAACGAGUUCAAGGCCAUCCUAAAGCGCAUCGAGCCCACCUUCAAGCAAAUCAGCCAGGCCUACAGGGAGGACUUCGAGAAGCUCGUUCAGGAGAUCACCAAUGACACCACGCUGAAGGAACUGUCUGAGGCUCUGCACAGCUUAAUCAAGAUCAUGGCCAGAAUCAUUGACGAUGUGACCAACGCACUUCAACCAAUUGUCGACAAGAUCGUAGACGCCAUCACUGACGCUUCCAAGAAGAUCUGUGAUAUGUACGAGAAACAGAUUGAGCCUCAAAUCCUGGAGCUGAGAAACAAGAUCAUGGAGGUAGUGAAACACUACGUGGAUGGCGUGCUCGACGUCGCCGCACACUUCGGCGCCCUAGUCAUCGACUUCGUAGAGAAACACAAGCCCGAGCUCCAGGAGCUCACCAACAUCUUCACUGAGAUCUUCAGAGACCUUACCAGGAUCCUCGUCAACCAGAUGAAAGAAUGGAAGAAGAAGUCCGCAGAGUUCUUCGCCGCUGUUAGCGAAAACUUUAGCAAGAUCCCCAUCUUCGACGUCAUCAAGGAGAAGUGGCAAGAACUGGCUGUACCGGAACAGAUCAUGGGACUCCUGAGCGAAGGCAAACAGACCAUCCGCGAGAUCCUGCCCACUGAGGAGAGCAAGGCCUUCCUUGACGCCCUCUUCAACUACGCACAGAAGAAGGUACACCAAGAGAAGGUGGACGAGAUUGCGGAGCUGAAGAACCUGUACGAGAAGAUGAUCUCCGCUGUCAACUCGCUCGUCACUUUCGUGAGAGGCCAGCUCGGACAGUACGGCGUGCCCAUUUACCCCGCAUUCAAUAUUGCAUCAUUCAUCGGAGGUAGUCCUAUCUCGCCCCCGUCCCUCGGCGGCUCCAUCUCGUUCAACAUCAUCACUCAGAUCUUGCGCGGCGACGUCCCUGACCCGUUGUCACUCAUCAACGCUUACAGACCAAGAAGCCUGAACCCAUUAGAUGAAGUGCCUUACAAACUGCGCUCCGUCGUCGUCAACGGCCAGCACAUCUUUACGUUCGACGGUCGCCACCUGACCUUCCCCGGCACCUGUCGCUACGUCCUCGCCCACGACCACGUCGACCGCAACUUCACGCUCUUGAUCCAGCUCGCCAACGGCAGCCCUAAAGCCCUCAUCCUGGAGGACAAGAGCGGCGCCACCAUUGAGCUGAAGGAGAACGGCCAGGUUGCACUGAACGGCGCUGGUCACGGCUACCCGGUGAUCGAAAAGGACGUGUUCGCGUUCAGACAGACCAACGGCCGCAUCGGCCUCGGCUCUACAUACGGACUGAUGGCUUUCUGUACUAGUAAACUUGAGGUGUGCUACAUCGAGAUCUCCGGCUUCUACCUCGGCAAGCUGCGCGGUCUGCUCGGAGACGGCAACAACGAACCCUACGACGACUUCAGAAUGCCUAACGGAAAGAUCACCCAAUCAGAGGCUGAGUUCGGUCACUCGUACCGCCUGACCGGCAGCUGCGCGCAGCCCAAAACGCCGGAGCACUCCCACGCCCAGCACCACGAGGCGAUGCCGGCCGCCUGCGAGACCGUCUUCGGAGGCCUGUCCCCGCUCAGACCGCUGUCGCUGUUCCUGGACGUCCAUCCGUUCAGACAAGCAUGCAUCCACGCGUGCACCGGCUCAGACAACGAUCUCCACCAAGCGUGCGACCUCGCGCGCGGUUACGCCGCACUCGCGCUGACCGGCCUGCUGCCCGCCGUACUGCCUGCUGCCUGCGUCCGCUGCACCGACGCUGACAAGCCCCGCGAAGUCGGCGACAUAUACGAAGUGAAGCUGCCCGCUAAGCAGGCCGAUAUUGUGGUCUCGGUUGAGGUUACCAAGUCUAACGAGGAUAACUACAAGCACAUCGUGGUCCCGCUGGUGGCGCAGGUGAUCGACCAGCUCAAGGCCAAGCGCAUCACUGACGUGAAGGUCUACCUCGUCGGCGUCACCUCCAAGUACCCCUACCCCAUCAUAUACGAUACUGACCUGAAACUGACGAAGCCGAAGGUGGUAUUCGACGACGAGUCCCGCUACAACGACAUCACGCCCAUCCACACGCCCGACAAGCUCGUCAACCAGGCGCAGCUGAUUGUCUCCAACCUCCACAACCUGCUCAGCAGGACGCUCGGAACCUACAACGUGAUGUCGACGUACGAGUCCCUGUCCGACCUGCCGCUGCGGCCGGCCGCCGUCAAACACUUCAUCUCCGCCGUCGGCGACGACUGCGAGGCCACCGAUAUUCCUCUGAAGACUCUCCAGCUGCUGCCGUACAGGGUGUGGGCGGAGAACAACGGCGUGACCGGCUCCAUGGUCAUCGACACGCCACGACUCAGCACCAAGGAUGGCAAACCCGCGCACAACGUGCUCGGUUUUACCAAGAACUCUGUGCUGUACGCUGACAAGAAGGCAGCUGAGGGCGAGGAGGCUCGCGAGCAGCUCGUCGUGCCCGGCUACAACGAGUGCAUGGCGUUUGAGGAAGUCACCGGCGGCGUCAUCUUCUCCGCCAGCAACAUGAAGCAGGCGUCCAACCACAAGCAGUGGCUGACCAGCAUGGCCACGUCCAUCACCACACGGCUGCUGCACGAGUCACUCGUCCAGGAGUGCACCUGCACCUACGUCGACCCCUUCCGCGUCCGCUCCGUGUGCGUCACCAAGGAUAGGAAGGAGGUGGCUCGCAGAAGAAAGUAAAUUAAAGAAAACCAAAGACUUAGUACAAAGACUUCGGUACACGACGGUUUAAUUUAAUUAAUUUAAUAUUCACUAAGAUUUGUACUAAGAUAGUUUAUUAGGCAGUACACAUACGAGAGGUAGCGGUAGAAUUGUAUAUAGGGUGUGGUAGAAUCAAUGAUGUACUGAUAAAGACGUUUAAGUAGAAAAAUAGUUUCCAUACUCGAAAACUAAUUCUUUCUAUGAGCGAGUUUGCACUUUUCAAAGUCAUUCAUACUUAUGAUGUUUUUUUUCGAGUAAGAUGUAUUUUUCUACCUAAACGUCUUUAUAUAAUCAGUAGAUUAAUACCUAAGAGGUUAAUCUUACCACACCCUAUAUAGUUGGGGUAAGAAGACCCACUGGUCUCUCUUGCCCCAACUAACAAUGACACUAGUCUUUUAUUCAUAUUACUGCUACUCUUUCGUAUUACAGACACCUGGUGUACCAGUUUGAACGUUAUUAUGAGAACAAUAAGGUUGAAAUUGGUAUAUCGUUUGUCGAUUAAGCAAAAUCUCACUUGUACCAGGCAGCGUUCUAUUUAAUUUAGUUGUAUAUUCGCCAACAACUUUCAUAAGGUGUUAAUCUGUGUAUUAAAUAAAUAUAAUGUUAUUUA